AUGCAUCGCACCUAUUCUAUGCGCCAGUCGCGCGCCCCGACCGCCUCGCAGAUCGAGAACCCCCCGCCUCCAAUGUCCUCCACCAAAUCGAACCGGUGGCUCGGAAAGGGUGGCAUUGGUCAUGCAUUCCGUAAAAAUGCCGCCGGUGCCUUUGGUCCUGAUCUCGCCCGUAAGCUGUCACAGCUAGUCAAGAUGGAGAAGAACGUUAUGCGCAGCAUGGAAUUGGUUGCACGGGAGCGUAUGGAGGUCGCUCAACAACUCUCUCUCUGGGGUGAAGCCGCCGAUGAGGACGUCUCCGAUGUGACGGACAAGCUGGGCGUUCUGAUCUACGAGAUUGGCGAGCUGGAAGAUCUGUUCGUCGACCGCUAUGACCAGUACCGCGUGACCAUCAAGAGCAUCCGCAAUAUCGAGGCCUCAGUUCAGCCCAGCCGCGACCGCAAGCAGAAGAUCACCGAUGAGAUCGCCAAGCUCAAAUACAAGGAUCCCAACUCUCCACGCAUCGUCGUGCUGGAGCAGGAACUCGUCCGUGCCGAAGCCGAGUCCCUCGUCGCCGAGGCCCAGUUGUCCAACAUCACCCGCGAGAAGGUCAAGGCCGCCUUCCAGUACCAGUUCGAUGCACUCCGCGAGCACUGCGAGAAGGUCGCCAUCGUCGCCGGCUACGGCAAGCACCUGCUCGACCUGAUCGACGACACCCCCGUCACUCCCGGUGAGACUCGCCAUGCCUACGAUGGCUACGAGGCUAGCAAGGCCAUCAUCCAGGAUUGUGAGGACGCCCUGAGCAACUGGGUUUCCUCCAAGGCGGUUGUCAAGUCCAACAUGUCCCAGCGUUCGCGUACCCUCUCCCAGCGCCACCGUAGCAACGUCAGCAAGAACCGCGAGGGUGUCGAUCUCUCCGGCCAGGACCAGCCCAUGACUGGUGACCGUGACUCUUGGUUGCCUGCUGACCAGCACCCGAGCUACGAUGAUGACGGCGAGGACAUUCUCAGCGCCGUGGAUGGUGAGACACGCGGCCGCGAGGAAGAGCGGGAGCCUAUCGCCGCCUAA